GUGCUUACCUCUUCACCGGCGAUCACCAUUCGUGCGUAUCACAGAUGUAGCCUCUAACUUCAACUGUAGGUGUUUUCAAGUUUACUUUCGAAUUCGGAAAAGUUUCCUCCUUCAGCACCAACUAUGUGCCGUCAUCUUGCAAAAUUCGCCCUCGGAUGGCACAUACGCUUUGUGAUAACAGAAUCCCAUUGCUUCGGUUACAUCCCCAAUCGACACCACUGGAGCAAGAAACUCAGAACUGUGCCAGCUUAUCUUAACUUUUCCUCACAGCCUCACGGUGCUACGCAACCACCCACCGAUUAUCAUUCUAUUCAUCCGAAAUUACAAGAACUCGUGUCUUUGGCCCAGUCAGAUUCCCAUUUCGGCCGAUGGUCUGCAUUGCAACAAUCGUUACCAUGCGAUGUCCAACCCCUGGAUCAGUAUUUCACCCUACCUCUUGGAGAUGUGUUGUCUCUAAAGAAAAAUGCGGUCCUAGCGAUCCUCCGUUUCGUGUGCUCUUUACCAGAUGAAUCCCUCGCAGUAAGCGCAGAUUCGAUGGAAUGUCCAGUAGACUCGCGGCUACUGCGGUUGAACUUGCUGAAUCCAAAUCGCAUUGCUACCGACAUAUGCGAUCCACUAUCUCACGUGGGGGUUCGGCAACCUGGCAGACUGGUCAGCCGGUGUCCUGCACUCUUGGUCGCCAGCGCUACGUCCGUUCCUUCAUCUCCGUCCUACGAUGACACCAUCCACUCGAGUCCCCCGAUCACUCACUAUCAUCGAAAUACAGUGAUGACAGAUGCUUUGAGCACUCUUGGGAGCUUAUUACCACGGACUGAUCUCAUUUCAUUGAUCAACCGCUUUCCAGCCGUAUUGCUCAGACCCAGUAAUGAACUAAACGAACUCUACUCCUAUCUGACCGAACAAAUGGGCCUUCAGUUCACCGAGUCGGUCAGAGCCAUGCAAGUCCAAUCACACCAACAUGCUAUGAGGCAUUCCACUGGCCUGCGACUGGUAAACUGCCCCGCUUGGUGCAUGUCACUGGAACACGUGAAAGCCCGGCAUUCUUUGGCUCUUUUGGCUGGCUGCUGGCCUCCGGCGAAAUUACCUGUCGAGCAUGCAGAUUCACCAGACCGACGGCUUGCCGGUCUACUUACCUGUUCGAACGCCGAAGUUUCCUCUUGGCUGGGCCUGGACUGUGAUACACAACCCACAGAGCAGCGCAAUCCAGCACUUGACGCAAUCACACUAAGUUCACUGGAUGUGGACACCUUUCAUUACAUCUUAUCGAGAAUCUCGGCGGAAGAAUAGAGAUUUCUGCAUGGGAGUGCUUGUUCGUUUCAUAUUUGAGCUAGACCCGCAAAUUGUUAUAGGCAUAUGAAGACAGAAAUGUCCCUCUCUCAUUGCAUCCACAUCUUGAUGGUUUUUCCUUUCGCCCAACCCUCGCUUUACUUUGCACAGUUCACGAACUUUGUGGAGUUUCAACUUCUGCUCAUUCCUGAUGCUAUUGACCUCUUGCUGCAAAUAUUAGAUGGUGUUUCAAACUGUAUUCGCAUUUAGCUGUCCCCGUUUUUAUCUUUCUACCAUUAUCUUAAUUCACCUGUGAACAAUGAACAACUCCUGUUGUCA